CUCGCACCCACAGACCCGCUUGCUGUGUGUUCUGCUUCCUUAUCGGGGCGGCCCAGGCCCUGGCCGGCGACAUUUGGUAAACCAGGGCAGAUUGCAGGAAAGGGGCCGAAUCCGCCAGAUUCCCCGGCGCGCACGGGCCACGCCCGGGCCGCCGUCCAGUUGCACCAGUGCGCGGCAGCCCCGGCGCGGUGGGGGAACCCUACAGCCCCCUCAGCGCCCUUCUCCAGACCCGCGGGUCCCGGAGGCUCCCAAGCGAGGACCCGGGCUGAGCGUCUAGGGCCGAGAGCCAGGGGACAGCUGCAGCGGGAGCCGCUGCCCGCACCGCGCAGGAAGGGGAGGGCCCUAUAGGGAGAGGGGGGCCCGGCGCGGGCGCAGGGCUGGGUCGGAAAAGCUGCCUCACGGCCGCGCCCGCCGCACCCUCGGCCGCGCGCCCUGCCCUCGGCCGCCCGCCCGGACUCUGAUACAGUCUCUGCCGCGCCUUCCCGGAGGCAGCGCCGCAGCCUCGCCAUGUCCCAGCCGGGCCAGAAGCCCGCUGCUUCCCCGCGGCCCCGGCGCGCCGCGGCCAGGCACACCCAGGAGCAUGUCAAUGAAAAAACCAGUGGAUCGCCUUCCAAACCAGGAGAAAAGAAAGGACCAGAUGAGAAAAAGGCAGCCAGCCUCGGGAGCGGUCAGUCUUCCAGAACCAGCACUGGUGGAGCAGUCCCAGCGGCCAAGGUGUCAGCUUCCUCUGCUGCAGCCAGCAAGUCGCUCAGCAUGAACCCCGCAGAAGCCAAGGCCGUUCCAAUCAGCAAAGAGAUGGAAGGACCACAUCCUCAUAGCAAGAAAAGACACAGAAGACAGGAUGCUAAAACAGAACCUGAGAAGUCACAAUCAACUAAGCCACCUGUGGAUCAUGAAAAGAAGGCCCAGGAAGGAAAGCCAAAGGAACACACCAAGCCAAAAAGCACACAUAAGCAUGCAUCGGAUGGAGAAGGCAAGCAUGGUCGUAAUGAAAAGACAGCUUCCAGAUCGAAGGAGCCAGUGACACCGGCGAAAGCAACAGAACCAGAGACUAAACCACAGGACACGAAGCCCGCUGGUGGGAAGAGCGUCGCUGCUGGGACGACGGCAGCACCUGGCAAAGCAGGCGACCCGAAGAAAGAAAAGAAGUCAUUACCUGCUGCUGCUCUAGCUGAACCGAAGCCUGACGAACCGUCUGGAAAGUCAGGCAUGGAUGCUGCUUUGGAUGACUUAAUAGACACUUUGGGAGAGCCCAGCGAAACCCAAGAAGAUUCCACAGCUUACACCGGACCAGAAAUUUCAGAUCCAAUGAGUUCCACCUACAUAGAAGAACUGGGUAAAAGAGAAGUUACAAUUCCUCCAAAAUACAGGGAACUUCUGGAGAAAAAAACAGGGGUUGCGGGGCCACCUCCAGACUCCGUGACACCCUUGGGCCCCGACGAUGCCAUCGACGCCCUGUCGUCUGACUUCACCUGCAGCUCUCCCGUGGCCAGUGGGAAGGAAGCCGGGAAGGAGGCAGCGAAAUCUGCAGGAGAAGUUUUGGAAGCUGAGUCGGCCAAAGUCAUGAGAGCUGCAGCCCCACCCCAGGAGAAGAAGAGAAAGGUGGAGGAGGAUGCAAUGAGCGACCAAGCACUUGAGGCUCUGUCGGCUUCGCUGGGCACCCGGAUGGCAGAACCUGAGCUGGAUCUGAGCUCCAUCAAGGAAGUGGCCGAGGCGAAAGCUAAAGAAGAAAAAGUAGAGAAGUGCGGUGAAGAUGAUGAAACCGUCCCAGCCGAGUACAGACUGAAACCAGCCACGGAUAAAGAUGGAAAACCACUGUUGCCAGAGCCUGAAGAGAAACCAAAGCCUCGGAGUGAGUCAGAACUUAUUGACGAACUUUCCAAGGAUUUUAGCCAGGCUAAGAGUAACGAAAAGCAGCCUAAGCCAACUGGAAAAACAGAAGAGUCCAAGGCUGCCGUCCCCGCUCCAGUGGCCGAAGCUGUGCCUCGGACGUCCAUGUGCAGUAUACAGUCGGUGCCACCCAAGCCUGCCUCGCUGCAGAAGAGCACGGUGCCAGAUGAUGCCGUGGAAGCCUUGGCUGGCAGCCUUGGGAGGAAGGAGGCCGAUCCAGAAGAAGGGAAACCUGUGGCAGAUAAAGUCAAGGAGAAAUCCAAGGAAGAAGAGCGGGAAAAACUUGGUGAAAAGGAAGAAACCAUUCCCCCUGAUUAUAGACUGGAAGAGGCUAAGGAUAAAGAUGGAAAACCACUCCCGCCAUCAGAGCCCACUGCACAACUUCCAGCCUUGAGCGAGGACCUCCUCCUGGACGCCUUGUCUGAGGACUUCUCGGGUCCGUCGAGCACCUCGUCUCUCAAAUUCGACGAUGCCAUGCUCUCUGCUGCCGUCUCGGAAGUGGUCUCCCAAAGCCCUGCCUCCGUCACCCACGCCGCGGCCCCACCCCCUGACACUCGGCCCAGCAACAAGGAACUCGACGAUGCCUUGGAUAAACUUUCUGACAGUCUUGGCCAAAGGCAGCCUGAUCCCGAUGAGAACAAGCCCAUGGAGGACAAAGUGAAGGAAAGAGCCAAAAAGGAACACAGACACAAGCUGGGGGAGAGAGAUGACACCAUUCCCCCCGAGUACAGGCACCUGCUGGACCAGGGCGAGCAGGACAAACCAGAGAAGCCACCUACAAAGAAAUCAAAGGAAAUAAAGAAACCUGCAGGUGACCAGGACCCCAUCGAUGCCCUCUCGGGAGACCUGGACAGCUGCCCUCCAGCUGCGGAGACCUCCCAGGCCACAGAGAAGGAUAAAAGCAAGACCACGACGGCCUCCAGUUCCAAAGCUGCCAAGCAUGGAGACAAAGCAAAGGAUUCAGCCCAGACCACAGAGGAAACUUCCAAGCCAAAAGCCAAUGAAAAAAAUGCAAGUUAGAAGUUUACACAGUUUGUGCUUUUGUCACAUGGCCUGUGUCCUGUGCCUCCAACAGUUAUCUGGAUUGUUCACUGGAUUUCUCCAUUUGGGUUUUUCAAGGUACCUCAGAUGCUCGGCUGGUGGAUGGUGACUUUCAGAAUAAAAGGCUUUUGCAACAAAAGUUUCUGUGGGUGGCUUCUGGACAGCGGCAUUGGUUGGGGCUCUUGCCAUCCUACACCUUCGUUUCCGGAAGGAAAAUGAACUUGGUUCACCUGUGUUACUGUACAAGUACUGCUAUUCUUUGAAUGUUUUUCAAUUGCCUUUAGCUGUGAGAGAAAGGAAGCUUUAUAUUUUUAAGAAAUGUAUUUGAUAAGCAAUGCCAAAAACACUUUGCAAACUUUUGCACAUUCUACACACAGUGCCUAUAAAUCUCAGUAGUAAUUUCAGUUUGCACUUUUAGCAUCUGCCAAACAAUGCUUUAAACAGUCUUCAGUGUUCCAAUGUCUUAUUACCUCCUCUCCUCGGGGUUUAAGUAUUAGAUGUUUCUUUGGGUAUUACUGUUCAUGAGUCAAAAUGACUGUACAUUGGGUACCUCUGUUGGGCUAAUAAAUAACCUGGACAAAACCCAGCAGUACCAACUCCUUAUGCAUUUGAACUCUGGUUUGUCAAGGGGGUGGGGACUUUAGCACCUUGGAGCAAGGGGAAGAACAAAAUGCAGGCGCGAUAGUAAGUCACGGUACAGUGCAUUCUGCGCAUAAGACAAGUCUCAGCGUCUUGCCCCUGUAGGGGCCCUGUUGCUACACUCAUGAACCUGCUUUCUGAGCUCUGCCCAGGAGCAGCUGUGGUUGGCCUGGAGCCAUGACCACAGUAGUCUGUGCACUCAUGAAGCGGGAUGCUAGACGGUGCAAAGUUGACCAGUCAUCUACUUUAAAAACCGUACAUACCUGAAACUCAGCGUCUGCUUCCAGCACCCUGAGUGGUGUUCCGUGAGCAUUGCACCGAUGUUACUGAUGGGAUUUUAAUAAAUCAUCCGCUUCUGGGUGAAUCCAGGCACGGAGGGCAGAUGUGAGCUGGAAUUUGUCUGCAGAGAACUAGGCCAGCCUCAGCUUAAAGCUUUAAUGAGGACUGAACUGACUUCACUACCGGAAAGUUAAUAGCAACCUGUACUUCCUUGGAGGACAAGGUCAAUGAAACGCCACACAGAACGGGCCCCAAAUUUUAUACUCCCUAAAGUUCAUGCACAGAGCUACCUACGCAAUUGCAAACUCCACCUGCGAAGUGCUGUGUCCCAGACACAUUCUAUGUUCUAGGCACCAACAGAACAUGAGAACACUUUCCUAAAGGAUUAUACUAUGUAUUUAAGUCUCCCAUUUGGACAGUACAGGUGUCUUCAUUAAAAAUCAAUAAACUUGACAUUGACAAACGGG